UGCAUUAAAUCUUGAAAGGGAAUAAUUGAUUAAAGUGCAAAUCUUUUUAUUUUUCAGAUAAUUUAUUCAGGUCGCACUUUAGUCAGUAUGGCUGUGCCGAAGGGAGUUAUUGGUAAUUGGGAUUUGACCAAAUGUACCCCGGCACAAAUAGAGGAAGAUACAAAAAAUCUCAUUGCUGACUUAACAAAAAUUGCAGACCAAGUUGGUUCUGUCCCUUUGGACAAGGCUGACUAUGAAAAAAUUGCAAAGCCUUUAGAGGAACUACAACGUGUGUUUAGGACGCGUGGAGCCGUACUGGACAUGCCUCAGCACUGUGUUGCUGACAAGUUGGUCAGAGAUGCAUCUUCAAAAGCAGAGGAAAAAAUGGAAGAAUUUGAUGUUGCUCUCAACAUGAGGAGCGAUAUAUUUGAGCGGCUCCUGCAGGUGCAAAAAAGUGAUCUGGCAAGUCUUCGGGCUGAACAGAAACGAUUCGUUGAGAAACUCAUUGUUAAAGGGAAAAGAUAUGGAUUGCAUUUAUCACCUGAAAUUCAGACUAAAAUCAAGGAGCUUAAAACUAAGGAGUCUGAACUGAGUAUAAAAUUCAGUUCAAAUCUAAAUGAGGAUGACACUAAGUUGUACUUCAAGAAGGAGGACCUUGUUGGACUGCCUGAAGAUCUUAUCAAAGAGUUUCCAGAGGGUGAAGAUGGACUGCUGGAGGUCACCAUCAAAUACAAUCACCUAUUCCCUGUGAUGAAGAAGUGUAGAUUGCCUGAGACUCGCAAAGCCAUGAUCACCGCUGCUAAUCAGAAGUGCAUGUCAAACAACACGCCGCUGCUGGAAGAGCUUGUGAGAAUUCGCCAUGAGGCAGCACAGCUUCUUGGCUUCCCAACACACGCAGCCUUCAUACUCAGUGACCGCAUGGCCAAGACCACUGAAGCUGUGGCUGACUUCCUCACAGAUCUGCAUGCCAAACUGGAACCGCUUGCUCUCAAGGAGAGAGAUGUGAUGCUUCAACUCAAACAAGAAGAGUUCACUGAGCUCGGUAUGAAGUUUGAGGGAGAGCUGGAGCUCUGGGACAUGCGCUACUACAUGGACAUGGUCGAGAAGAAGAAAUAUGCCGUCGAUCACACCAUUCUGCGCGAAUACUUCCCGCUCGAGCGCGUGCUGAGUGGCAUGUUUGAGAUCUACCAGAAGCUGCUGAGCGUCUCGUUCACCAAGGUUGAUGACGCUGCUGUCUGGCAUCAGGACGUCUCUAUGUAUUCAGUGAGUGACGCUGAAACAGCAGACUUGCUCGGUUACUUUUUCUUAGACCUGCACCCUCGCCCUGGGAAGUACAGCCAUGCCGCCGUCUUCCCGCUCCAGCCAACUUGUCGGCCCGAGCCCAACUCUGAACGCCAGGUCUCAGUAUGCGCCAUGCUGUGCAACUUCAGCAAACCGAGUGCCGAGAAGCCGGCGCUGCUGGAGCACUCCGAGGUCGAGACUUUAUUCCACGAGUUUGGCCACGUGAUGCACAACGUAUGCAGUCGUGUUGACAUCGCCAUGUUCUGCGGCACCGCUGUAGCUCGUGACUUCGUCGAGGCUCCGUCACAGAUGCUCGAAAAUUGGGUUUGGCACAAGGAGCCUCUUGCGCUCAUGAGCGCCCAUUACAAGACAGGAGAAGCAAUUCCUGACGAGCUACUGCAGAAGUUGGCCACCUCCCGUAAAGCUAACGCCGGGCUCGUUAACAUGAGGCAGAUUGCCCUCGCUACAUUCGACCAGGAAAUCCAUUCACGAGAGAGUGUAGACACGGCAGCUCUGUUCGCUGAAUUACACAAGAAAAUUACUGGAUUUGCUGUUGUUCCAAACACCAACAUGCCUGCUAGCUUCGGUCAUGUCGGAGGAGGCUACGACGCUCAGUAUUAUGGAUAUCUCUGGUCCGAGGUGUUCAGCAUGGACAUGUUCGACACCAAGUUCGCUGGUAAGGUGCUGGAUGCGAGCGUCGGCAAGCAGUACCGUCGCCUGAUCCUGGAGCGCGGUAACACCGUCGAUGCCAUGGACAUGCUGGUAGAGUUUCUCGGCAGGCAGCCCAACAACGCAGCUUUUCUCAAGAGCAAGGGACUCUGAUGAUGCUGCAUUGCCAGUUCGUGCUAUUAACAAAUUACCAGCUGGGCAGGAUUAUCAUAACUUCGUAACUUUUUAUACUUGUGCACAAAAAGACACGUGCACACCCUAGUUUGAUGAUAUUGCUCAUGAUAUUGCCAGUGAAGUUGUGAGUGCAGACCUGUGAUUUUCGUGUAGUUCUUUUCAUUAUUUAUAUAAUUUUGGGGUUUUAAGUUGAAAGAAUAGUUUUUGUGUGUAUCUCUCGUUAGCCAGCGUUCAGUUUUUUGAUUUGGUCCACCGUGAAUCGUUAUAAAAGUUGGCAGUUGUGUCUUGUGAACGCAUUGUUACUGCUUACUUUUGGUAAUAAUUGCAGAUAUAUUAGGAAAUGGUGUCCAUGAAACUGUCGAAUAUUUCGAUGCUGCCUUGAAAUUGAAAUUUGAUUCACUCGGCUGGUGUGCAGCUUUUCAGUUCAUGAAAUUGUUUGCCGUUAGUGAAAUUAUAUGCCAUUUGAAGAAGAUCGGCUCGAAUUAUGAAUAUCUUCAUUUGCAUCUCGAUAAGCAGAAGUAUCUGUAAGCUAAUCCAGAUACUCGGUAAGCUAAUAUCUACAUAAGUGGCAAGUUUGGCCUGAUGAUUUAGCUCACAUUUCCUUUUUUUUUUGUGGGAGUACAUGCCUAAUUGAAAUAAGAGUGUGUUUCAGGAUCGCAAUCAAGAUCUCUACGGUCUCAUCUUUGGUCUUCAUUGUGGUGUACGAUAUUUUGAUUAUUUCAUUGUGAUGAGUUUUAGGAAAUUUUCCAUGCUGUUAUUUAACGAAUAAUGCUUUAAUUGCCAACUAGAAUGCAAAUUUCUCCAUGUUCCCAGCUAUUUCAAAAGCUCUUAUCUCUGGUGCAAGUCAAGUAACAACGUAGAAGUGCGUCAUUCAUUCAAUGGAUUAGAAAACAAAUGAUUCCCAUUCUUUCUGUAAAUUUUUGAGUGUUAUUUGUGCAUCUUCGUUUCAAUUGACUUAAUAUAAGGACCACGUGUGUGGAUAUGUGUGAUUUGGGUUAACUCUAAGCUAGUAUGAUUCUUGAAAAGGUAGCUACAA